AUGGAGAAGUCACUUUCUGCAACCACCUCCUUUAAUGAUCACAUAUAUGAUGAUGUUGCCUUGGUUAUUCUCUCAAAAUUGCCUCUCAAAUCUUUGAUUAGAUUCCGUUGUGCACGUAAAUCACGUCGCAUAUAUGCACCUGUGUUGUAUUCUCUUGCCGGUGAGAGGUUUGAUAAUAUUGUCAAAUUGGAUUGGCCAAAUCCUUUUCAAGAGCAAUUUGACUUUAACUUUAAUAUUUAUGGCAAUGCAAGUGUUAAUGGAAUUCUUUGUAUUGAAGACACUGGGAGAGUUGGGGGCAUUCAUUGUAUUCAAGAAUUACAGAGAGUUGUAUUGUGGAAUAGAGCUACAAGUGAAUUCAAAGUUACUCCUCUGAGUCCUUUUGCGUUUGAUUCUCCUUGUUGGCAUCUCAGUAUCAGUCUUCAUGGAUUUAGCUAUGAUCAAGUUAGAAAUGACUAUAAGGUGAUUCGUCAUAUAGUAUUUUUCCCAAAAACCUACGAAGAUGAGAUAUGCCCUACACAAUAUGAUUGUAGUGGGGGUGUUCAAGUGUAUGCAGAUGGAGUGUGCCAUUCGUGGGGUGAAAGUGAAACGCAAGAUGAAGUUUAUUUGGUUUCAUUUGACUUGAGCAAUGAGGUAUUUGUGAAAACAUUGAUACCUUCAACUAUGGAUGAUAUUGAUUCUAGAGUUGUGUUUAGACACUUAAAUGUGUUAAAUGGAUCAAUUGAAUGUAUUUUAAAUUAUGUAAAUACCGGUAUUUUUCACAUAUCAAUUUUAGGUGAAAUUGGAGUGAAGGAGUCAUGGAUCAAACUUUUUAUUGUGGGUUCUUUGUCUUGUGUCGACCAUCCUAUUAGAAUUGGUAAGACGGGUGAUAUAUUCUUUAGAAAAGAAGAUGAUGAACUAGUUUCAUUUAAUUUAAGCACACAGAAAAUUGAAGAGCUUGGUGUUAAAGGUUAUUCACUUUGCCAGAUAAUAGUUUAUAAGGAAAGCCUUCUACCGAUUGCCAGAAUCAACAAUUAG